UGGUGGUGGAAACCAGAGUCCCAUGCCCACAGGAAUGGUUCAUCAAGUUCCUUCGUUUGGGACGGAGUUGGACUGGGUGGAGCCUUCAAUGGAACUAUGUCAUUCAAGAAUCUUACAGCCUCAUGCUUAUGAUCACGUUUACAAUGCUUUUGACCUACUACGAACCGAGCCAUCCGUCCAGAGAAUGGUGUUAUCAUUGUCAUCUGACAAAGCAGUGUGGAAGGCAGUGAGGAACAACGAGGUGGUGCAAGAGAUUAAGGAUUUGUACUACAAUGGCAUUAAUCAAGACGAGGAGAGUUCAGAUGAUGACAGUUCAGGUGAUGAGAGCUCAGAUGACACUCCACGGAAGAAUAACACACCAACAGAUUUCAUAAAAUGGGUAUUUGACAGCACCGUGGUUAAGGCCACGGAAGUGUUAAAGAAGAUAAUAAAGCUCGCGAUAGAACUCUUAAAUAGUUUCAAAGUUAACAAAAAGAGGAAACGUGGCAAACUCAACAAUUGGUUCGAGGAAGAUCUCAAGACUUCGGUCUUUCUCUCCAUCUUGGUCAUGUUGGUCGUGAUGGUGUCCCGAGCCUGCAACAAUUCUAUGAACGAUCUAAGUUGUUAAUAGUUUGCUUUUACCCCCACCCAAUGCAUUGGAUUUCUUACAAGCGGUAAGUUACAACAGAAGAAGACACUUAGACACAAAUGAAGAGUUUGUUCGAUCAUGAUUAAAGAUUGGUUUGUAGUUACAUAAUCCAAGGAGACAAUACUCAUCACAACAGCUGUUGUCACUUGUCACCCACAAAUCUCUCAAAGGCAAUGGCUAGGGGAUUGGACCGGUCCGUACCAGUUACAUCUCUGAGAUUAGCUGGGAUGGUGUUUUACUUGUUGAUGACUGCUGCAGCUUUCAUCUCAGGGUUGUUGCUCCUUAAGCUUAUUUGAACAGAAGUGAAAGCUAUGUUGUUUGAACAUGUCAUGAAGAUGAAGCGGCUACAUAAUUGUCACCAGGACACCAAGCUCCCAUUGAUGUCACCUAUGAGUUUUGCAAUCUCCUUUUUCGAUCUUGACAUCAUUACAGGAGAGACCAUUUUAAUUGGUUUCUUUUAUCAUUGAUCAAUCUCUACAUUUGUACGGUUUUUAA